GGCCCCGCCCCUUCACUGCCUGCUUGCACGUCGCGCAAAAAAACAGCAGCGGCGGCCGUUGGGGAAAGAGAGUAAAUAGAGAGAAGCCUCAAGAUGGCUGACUCGCUGGGCUCCGCUCACCUCACCGGAGCCGCUGCUGCUGCUACUGCGGUAGCCCCGGCGGUCGCCUCCGCCAAGAGCCCGCUCGUCAAGCCGACCGAGGCGAAGGGAGCCGCUGACAACCGCUCUCAGUCUUCCCGGGAUUUCAACCCGCCGCCGCCGCCGCCGCCGCCGCCCAAGAAGGUCCGAGUGGAGGAGAGGAGCGUUAAACCCAAGAAACUCAGCCGGGAAGGAGGAGUGGGAGGCAACGGUAGCGGCAGGGAGAAACUCCAGCAGCCCACGAAGCAGCAGAGUUGUGGCAGCGGCGCGGGUUUGUGGAGCUUCAGCCCGGUUAAGGCGAGCAGCAACAACCCUCCGGUGCCUGCUACCGGAGGAUCCCAACCACCGACAAACACACACAAAGUCUUCAAACAGAGCGAUUUCUUCCUCCACAAAGCGCCUUCCUCCUCCAGAGCCAAGAAGCCGAAUAAAGAUAAACAGCGGGAGAAAGAGAGGGAGAAGGGUAAAGGAGGCGGAGAGGAGAAAAAGAAACAUAAACUGGUGGUGACCCCCGGCCCCGGGAGUAACGUUGGUAACAACAACAACGAUAUCAGCAGAUUUAAUAACACUUCUGCAGCGAAGAGAGAAAAUGGAGAGGUCAUUUUGCCACCCAAAGAGCACUCCAACAAGGACAAGGCGAAAGAGAGAGACAGAGAGGAGAGGGAGAAGAAGAAGGUCAAAGACGGAGAGAGAGAAAAGGAGAAGAAGAAGCACAAAGUGAUCAACGAGAUCAAGAGGGAGAACGGAGAAGUCAAGCAGCCGAUUAAAGAUGAAAAAGAGAAAGCCAAGAUCAACGCAGAGGAGCUUCAAAUCAAAAAAGUGAAGAAGAAAAAGAAGAAGAAACACAAAGAGGGGGAGAAGCACAAACGAGUGAAAAUGUACCACCGCUCCUGCCAAACCAUUUGCGCUGGCCUGCUCCUCCACCCCACCUCUCCUCCUCCAUCCUCCAAUCCCACACAAAACUCCUCCCUGUCCCCGUUUAAGUCCCCUCUACCGGUUUUCCCUCCACCUAACAACAAAACUGCACACCUCCCGCCUUCCUCCCCUCCCCUCGUCUCCAAAUCUCCCUUUAACUCCUCUCUCCACAACUCUCAGUCGCCCUCCAUCAAGACGCCACAACCUUCCCCGACCAAGCACCAGCCGCAGUGCACCUACCCUGGCAUGGCGGGACUGGAGUUCGCCCCGUACAUCCACAUAGAGAACCAGCCUAACGGAGGGGCCCUGGUGGCCCACGCCUACACGUCUCAGCUCUCCUCUCUCUCUGUGGUCCAGAGGCAGAGAUUCGCCCAGGAGUUUGUCACCUUGGCUUUCAGCGAGGACUCAUCCCAGGCAGCUCAUUACGUCAUGGGGAUUGUCCACGGAGAAGCCAGCUACCUACCUGACUUCCUCGACUACUUCUCAUCCAAGUUCCCUACAGCUCCAGUCAAAAUGGAAAUACUGGGAAAGAAGGACAUAGAAACCACCACUAUGGUUAAUUUCUACUCUCAGGUGAAGAAAACGUACAGUAAUGGUACAUACAGAGCCGGGGCAAUGAGACAGAUCAGCCUGGUGGGAGCCGUGGACGAGGAGGUCGGGGAUUAUUUCCCGGAGUUCCUCGGCAUGCUGGAGGAGUCACCCUUCCUGAAGCGGACUCUUCCGUGGGGAACGUUCUCCAGUCUGAGGUUGAUGAAUCCCACAGAGAGUGACGACGGUCCUAUAAUGUGGGUCAGACCAGGAGAACAGAUGAUACCUGUAGCUGAUAUACCAAAGUCCCCUUUUAAAAGAAAGCGCUCCACCAAUGAGGUGAAGAACCUGCUGCAGUCUCUGCCCAGGACCAGUGAGCCCAGAGAGAUGCUGUUUGAAGAUCGGACCCGGGCCCACGCUGAUCACAUCGGCCAGGGCUUUGAACGUCAAACCACAGCAGCCGUGGGGGUGCUGAAGGCUGUACGGUCCGGAGAAAGCUCAGAGCCUCCUCGUGUAACCAAAGACGUUGUGUGUUUCCACGCCGGUGAUUUCCUUCCUGUAGUUCAGAGGCUGCAGUUGGACCUACACGAGCCUCCGCUGUCUCAGUGUGUGCAGUGGGUGGAUGACGCCAAACUAAACCAGCUGCGUCGCGAGGGCAUCCACUACGCUCGCAUCCGCCUGUGCCACGAUGACAUCUACUUCAUCCCUCGCAAUGUGGUCCACCAGUUCAAGACCGUGUCGUCCGUCUGCAGCCUGGCAUGGCACGUGCGCUUAAAACAAUACCACCAUGGAGAGGGAGAGGAGGAUGAGGAGGAGGAGGAGGAGGAGGAGGUGAAGGAAGAGGAGGAGGAGCAGGAGGUGAAGGAAGAGGAGGAGGAGGAGGAGGAGCAGGUUGAGUCGAAGGAGAAGGAAACGGUGGAGGAAAAAGAGGAGGAAGAAGAGGUGAGGAGAGAAAAGAAGCGUGAGAAAGGAGCAAAGGAGAGGAUAAAGGAGGAGAACGAGGAAAUUGAUUUGGGAGAAAACAGGACAUUGCCGGUUGUCAAAAUGGAGCAACAACCUCUCUCAUCUCAGCCUGCUCCCUCAGUGGACUCGAACGUGAGCAGUGCGAGAGACAAAGAGGAGACAAUGGAGAGGGUAAAGGAAGGAGGAAAACCCAAACAGCAGCAGGUUUCACCUCCUGCAAAAAUGAAAACAGAACUUCCGGCGUCUCCUCUCUGCAAGAAUAAACCACCUCCUGCCUCUCAUCCUCCUCAUCAGGACACAAAACCCAAAGCAGCAUCAUCAAAGCACCUUCAUCAUCACCACCAUCACCAUCAUUCGGACAGCAGGACGACGUCUUCCAGUACGAGUUCCUCCUCUUCAGCUCCUAAAUCUCCCAUCUCUAAGUCUUCCACCUCUUCGUCGCCUUUGGCCGUUACUCCUCUGCGCUCAUCUUAUGCUGCUCCCAAUCCGUCCUCUACCUCUUCUCCAUCUGCAGUUCUGUCCACAUCUUCCUCUGUCUCAACCUCCACUUCACCUCCCAAACCCGCAUUGCUCCCUCCUUCCGCCGUGUCUUCGUCGUCCCAGCUGCCUUCCUCCUCUAAGUCAGACCAACCGAAGGACAGAGCCUCGCCUCGGCUAAAGCCGGACGUCCCCACAGACGCGCGGACGCAGUCGGAGGUUCGAGCGUCACCCGCCGUGGAUGUACACACGCAGGCCUCUGAGAGCUUGCACGCCGACACAAGGACACACGCGGUAGCUCGAGCGCCAACGGACUCGUGGACGCUCCAAGAGAAAUGGACUCGCAGCGCGGACUCCUGGUCGUCCGUGGAUCCGCAGAUGCACCCGCCGCCAGACACCGGGAGGCAAGGAAUGUACAUGCAGCAAUACGCGCCCCAGCAUCUCCCACCUCCUCCUCACCUCCCCCACAUGCUUCCCCCUUCGUUCCCCCAUCUCCUGCCACACUCCCAUCUUCCUCACAGACCUCCACUCCUCCCCCCGAGUCCCACUCACCCCACGCAGCCCCAAACCUUGAACUCUUACCUCGGUCAGAAGGCCCCGCCCCACUCGGUUCACAUAAGCCAGCUUCACCUGCAUCCGCCGCACCAACCCAACAUCACCACGCAGUCUCAGCCGUAUUACCAGCCUCCACUUAUGGCCUGCCCGUCUCAACCCAACACUCCCCUCAGCAGCUCCCAGUCUCUCCCUCCUCACCUCUCCCACCAUCAUCAGUACAUCACCCCGCACGCCAAAACCUUCUUCCCCCCUCAGCAUCCCCACUUCCCCUCUCACCACUUCCUGCCGCCUCAGUCUUUCCUCCCUCAACCACCCAGCUCGUACCCGCUACAGCCGCAAUACCAAACCCCGGCACCACCUUUCCCUCAUCCACCUCCUCCUCCUUCUUCCUCUCCGCCUCCCCCUCCGCCUUCUCUUCCCCCUCCUCGUCCCCCUCAGCCUUCCCCUUCUGUCCUCUCCCCACCUGCAAAGCAUGAAGAGGAGCAGAAACAGAUUUUAUAGUAGUUUUUGUACAUAAGGAUGCUGUUUUUAAAAUUACUGUACAUGUACAAGGUUUUAUUUUGGUUGUGUUGUUGUAAAACGAUGUAAAAAGGAAAAAAGGAGGAAGAAGGUGGAGUGUAUCGGUUUGAACACAGUAUCAUAGUCUAUAAAGCAGAGUUGGACUGUAUUUACCCCAGACCUCUUGACUGGAUUGGUUUAGAUUGUACUGAUGCUUUUGGUUGUGCUUAGGUUCAAAACUAUUGAGAAUUGAUUGCAUUUAUUGGUAGGGUUUUAUUUUUCUUUCCAGUUUUAACGUUUGAAGAAGAUAUUAUUCAGGCUCACGGUUUGCUCCUAGUCUGAGAAAACUGCUGUCUGGUUCUGUUUUUUGAAGUGAGCAUAACCCUCAAAUAUCAGAAUAUCCGUGAGCCAUCAGAGGUAGGAAGACUUUGUGUCAGAUAUUUAUAUAAAAAAAAGGUCACGAUGACCUUUUUGUGAAACUUGCAGCUAAUGCUUCCAUUUUUGUGGCUUUUUUCUAGUGUAUUCUUUGUGCCCAAGACUGUUUCUGGAAUAAUGAUGGGUCAAAUCGUGAUAUUAUACAGUACUCUAUUGUAUUGAUGUAAUAUCACUACAUUUCCUCUACUAUAUUGCAUCGAUACAUCUUAAUAUACAGUACAUUGCAGUACUUUUCCCAAUAUUGUAUUUUGAGCAAUAAUGCUCCGCAAUAAUCUGCUGAAUUUAAAUAUAACUGCAUUUCCCCAUUAUUGAUGUGGUGACAACAAGUACCAGUAUUUUAUUCUGAUUUCAAAGCUAUUGAUAAAAAGCCACUUCACUGAGGAGUCGACAUGAGGAGUGCUUAAAUAUAAUUUACAUUUAUCUUAAGUGAUUGUUCCAAGAAUAUUAGUGCAGUUUUUAGUGCUACUAAACAAAAGAAACCCCAAUUUUCACUUUAAACCACUUUAGUAAUAUAGCUACAGUAUACCGUAAAGAAAUAGCUUGACAUUUUGGGAAAUGUGUUUAUUUGUGGUCUUAGAUGUCCAGGUGGUAAAGUAUGAAGCUGGAGCCAGUAGCUGCUUAGCUUAGCUUAGCUUAGCAUAAAGACUGGAAACACUGAAAUCUUUGUGACCAACCGAGACUGGCCAAGAAAUAGUCCGGCACAUAACCUUCUGUAAAACCUAUAAUGAGUGGUGUUUAGACUUUUCUAUGGGAUAAACAACAGACAUACAACCUGUCUAUUAGUGAACUUUAGAGGUGCUGCUGGCCAGAUUUUCCCACCCUGGGGUCAGAGCCAGACUCGCUAACAACAGCUUCAUAUUUACCACACAGCUAUCUAACAACUAUCUAACUCUGACAUUGAGGGAAAUAGGUCAACUAUUUCUUUACGGUAUUGCAGUUAUCUUGUACCUGUAGCCCUUAACACCAGUGGCAGAGCUCUUAGUGUAAUUUUGCUGUGUUUUUCAGUGUCUGUUGGAUGUGUACCAAGGUCUCCUGAUUUUGGAAACCGAGCACUUGCUGGUUAGCCAAGGAAGAAUUCGACCCAGCCAAGGCUGCUACACAAAGUCUCAGGAAAAAACAAAAAAACAUUCAGGACACAUCCACCAAUAUAUUGGUCUCCUAAAAACAAUUUAAAAAAUCGUAUGUCUUAGUUACCUUUUACAUAAUUGUUCAGGGUCACUGAAAUACCUUUCAACGUUAUAUUAGUACCUAUGCAGCUACAUUAAGAGCUCGCCAUGAGUUAACUUUAGACCUCACAGCAUCUGGAUAGGAACAGGAUGAGCAGAGCAAUAUCAUACAGAUGCAGUAGGUCAGGACUUCCAAAAUGUGACUCAUUAUUACAGCACUUUGUAACACGGAUAUAUAUCAACAACUGUUUAAAUCCAUCUGAUAUUCCUUAAAAGACUUUGGGUCAUGAAUCCCAGAUUAUGUCCGAUUAUCAACAGGACAAUUUCAGGUUCUUCCAAGACUAUUGCGUUAAUCAUUCAGGCCUCAGCACUUCUAUAAUACAAUAGUUUUUUAUUCUUUAUUCUGCUCCAAGACAAACAGAAGAUACUCUGUCCAGAGUUCAUUCCCAAAGCACUAUUUAUCUAUUUACCUGAAGUCCAGUUUCUCUACAGUGUGGAGCAUCCUGUUUUAUUGAAAUGUUUUAUUUAUCAACCAGGGACUGGAGUGACCUCUUGUGUUUUAGAAAGUACAAUAAAUUAUUAACUAUGAAGAGUAUAUGUUUCUCCAAAAUGGUGAAGAUCUGAUUUUAGAGUCGAACUUCUGUCUCAGUGCUCGUCCCACAGUUGUGGAACUUUGAUGUUGAGAAAAACUUGAUUUCUUUCUUUUCUUUUUUCUUUUUUUUUUGGUCAUUGAUGUCUUGAUUUUUAUGAUCAAUAUUGGAGUACAGCCCACUUGCUAAUGUAGCCCACAAUGUUUCCCCAGUGCCUGUCCUUAACUGUGAACUACUAAAUGGUCCGGAGCCACGUAGAGAAAGAGUUCUGUCCUUUCAUGGGAGUUUUUAGGAGUGCCAGUUUAACAUUUUUUUUACUGGAAAAUAAGAGUAACCUUAAGAGAGCCUUAAAUUGGUAUCUAAAGCCGCUGAAAACUCUCCAAAUAUCUGUGGCGUGAGUUGGGAUGAGUCAAAAAUUUUGUGGCUCAGUGGGACAAUGGCCCUAAAAGCAGGGUUGUGUUUUUUUGUGAUUAGUCUCACCGCCAGCCUGGAAAUUCUCUGAAAAUUAAACAUAAACUCUCUUCAGGACUUCGUUUCAGAGGCAGAACUCUUCACUUCGUGGCUUUGGGGAGAGCGAGGUGAUAAUUAAGCACUUGAUGCCAGUUGCAAGGCGCUCUGCAGCUCUUUUUAUGCUUUUGGGUUUCAGACGUUACAAAAAAACUGACAGGAACUUAUAUAUUUUUUGUACAAAUGUGACAAAAUUAUGGUUGAAAACAAAACGAGUCUUUAGGGGCUAGUGUUGUUUUCACAGAGUUUAUUUAUCUCAAGGUUUUGGGUUGGUUUUUUUUUUUUUUUUUUUCUAUUUUGUUUCUGUGAUUUUUAACUGUCAGCACUGUAGUGUACAUAAGAAGUUUUGUAAAGAGGAAAAAACUUGUAGUGUGGUUUCUACUUUAAAUAUGAACCUAGCUAAUAAAAGGUUCAGUGUAUGGAAAA